AUGUGGAACAGAAGUCGCACCCAUGUGAAGGAGUUCUUUCUAGUUGGAUUUCCUGGCUCUCAAUAUUUGCAGCUAACAAUGUUUCUCUUCCUCCUCUUUGCAUAUGUGCUGACAGUCAUGAGCAAUGUCUCCAUUAUCAUUCUGGUGAGGACUCACCGUCAUCUCCACAGCCCUAUGUAUUAUUUUCUUUGCAAUUUUGCCUUCCUGGAGAUCUGCUUCACCACUGCCUGUGUCCCAAAGACGCUGGUUAAUCUGGGGUCACAGAGUCAAUCCAUUUCCUUCACAGGUUGCCUCCUUCAGAUGUACUUUGUCUUUUCUUUCGGUUGCACAGAAUAUUUCCUCCUCGCUGUCAUGGCAUACGACCACUACUUGGCCAUAUGCUACCCCCUAAGCUACAGCACCAUCAUGAACAGCACUCUGUCCAAGUGGCUGGCAGUGGUUUCUUGGAUAGGUGGUUUCCUGACCAUUUCAGUGCCCACAUCUUUGAUUUCCAGGUUGUCUUUCUGUGGCUCUAAUGUCAUCCACCACUUUUUCUGUGACAUCUCUCCCUGGAUUAUCCUUUCCUGUACAGAUACCUCCCUUGUGGAGAUGGUGUGCUUCAUCACGUUUACCAUUGUCAUCCUUGGCUCCUGUGUCAUUACCUUGGUCUCAUAUACUUAUAUCAUACAUACCAUACUGAAGAUCCCAUCUGCCCAAGGCCGCAGAAGAGCCUUCUCCACUUGUUCUUCCCACCUCAUGGUAAUAAUUAUUUGGUAUGGAUCCACUAUCUUUCUCCACGUCAAGCCUUCCGUCAAAGCUUCCUUGGAGCUGACCAAAAUAAUCACCAUUUUAAACACAGUUAUAACUCCACUGCUAAAUCCCUUCAUCUACGCGUUCAGAAACACGGCAGUGAAGGAAAUUUUGAAAAAGACUUUCAGUUGGAAAACAGAAAGCCAUGCCCAGAGGUUUUGUCCUGGACUGUUUCUUGAAGCAUAG